UCCCUAAAGGAGAUGGGGGAGGUGCAGUUCGAGGAGAGGCUGAUCCCCCCCGGUCAGUGGGCCUGUGUUUCAGCCGGGGAAAAACUGUUCGAGCAGAGCGUCUCUGUUAGCUUCAUGAAGCUAAUGCGCUACAUCUGCAGGGAGAACUCCACAGGGCGGUUCCUGGGUCUGACGGUUCCCGUGGUUACCGAGGUGUCAGCUGACGGCCUCUCGAUGCAGGAAGUCGUGCGGACGUCCUUCUUCCUGCCCUCAGAGUUUCAGAGCGUCCCCCCCCUCCCCUCAGACCCCGACAUUACCAUCGUCCAGCGGGAGCCAAUCAGAGUGCUCUCCAGGUUGGUGCCCCGCCUCUAUUGCUGUGUUCCUCCUGGUGUUUGGGUUGUGUUUAAAUUGUCUAUUGUUUUUACUUGUGAUGUUUGUUUCUUUGUUUGGCUGUACAGCACUUUGGU